AUGCGUAAAAUGGGGAAUCAUGAAAAGGGGGAUGAAGUGUGGAAAAUGUAAUAGAAGCAUGUAUCUGGAAAAAUCAAGUCAUGUCAUCGAUGGAUUACGCUGGAUCUGUAAGCAUCACAAAAGUUCUCCCCUGUCUGUGCGCAAGGGCUCAAUAUUCGCAAGGUCUCAUACUCCUUUGGCAAAAUGGCUCGAGUUCAUUCUCAGGUUUGCACAGGGCUUGCAGUUAAGGCAGCUGGACCUAAUCACUGAUGGGAUAGCAGCAAGCUCAAAGACACUGACAAGCAUGACAAAAAUACUCAGAAAGGCAUGCGUGGCUGGCUUGAAACGACUUAGGAAGACAGGAAUGAAAAUUGGCGGUCGACAUCGAUUUGUUGUUGUCGACGAGAGCAAAUUUGCCCACAAAAGAAAGUACCAUCGUGGGCGAUGUGGAAACACUUGGCGGCGUGACUGCCAAUGGGUCUUUGGGAUGCUGGAGGUUGAUGGUACGUCCCGAAGACCUAUUCUCAGGCUUGUCAAGGACCGCUCAAGGAAGACCCUUAUCGGCCGCAUUGUACGACAUGUAAGACCCAAAACAUCAGUUGUCACAGAUGAAUGGCGUGCAUAUAAGGACCAGCUUUCCCGGCAUGGAUAUUACCAGUUUUCUGUCUGCCAUAAAAUGAACUUUGUUGACCCAGAGACUGGUGCUCACACACAACAUAUUGAGCGUGCAUGGCAGACUUAUAAAACUGAAAUAUGGCGUCAUAGAGGGAAUCGCACUCCAGAGUUCCUUACAAUGCACCUCAAAAUGAUAGAGUGGCAUCACUGGUUAGGUCGGAAUCAUCAUUAUGGUGUCUUGGGACGUCUCUUCCAUGACAUCAAAAAAGUAAUGAAGAGAUGAAAAAUUAACAAAGUUGUGUAUGUACUUAUUAUUUUUAAGUGACUUCAAUAGAAGGAGUCAUCCACCGCUACAAAGCUGCCCUGAAGGAGUUCAACAAGUGUGGAUCGAUGAAAAAGGCCUUCUCAAGGAUCCACGUUGACCGAAACACAAUUGCGAGAACAGCAGUAAUUGCUGAAAUUGCAAUAAUGUUUCCAGAUACCUUCCAGGAUCUCCUCUCCCGGCAUGACGAAAAUGAGACAAUUUCACAGUUUGCAGAGAACUGUACUAAGGCUGUUACUACUGAGAUGGCUGAAAAAAUAACUGCUGAAAAAAAAAGAGGAAAACUCCUACCAAUUGUUUACAAAUACACUUAAAAAGAUGUUUUUUUUUUUAUGUAAGGGUUCCAUUAUAUGUUUAGUUCAGUUUUGCGGUCCCUUUUCAAUGCUAGGUAUGGAAGUUGUUGAAGUCAAGUUGCAACUAAAAGUUGCCCCUUUUCUGUGGUACUGUUACGUCUAGAUAUAAAGAC